AUGAAGGAAAGUUUUCGACAUUCCCAAAAGCUGAUGUCACUCGUUUUUAAGACACAUUUUUACGAGCUUCAAAGUCUGUUUUUCACUUCUCCGCAAUUGUGUGCAACUUGUGUUUAUGAUUCAACAGGUGGAAUGAGAAUUACUGAUAAAUUGUCGUCAAUUGAAGCACGAAUAAAGAAACAAUAA